UUAUUGUUGUUUUUGUUUUUAAGGUAAGCGGUUGUGCGGUCGGUCGGCGGAUGAAAAUUGUGAAAAUUCGUUGGGAAAAUGCAUGAACGGUGUCGAAAAUGUAAAAAAGGAAAAAUGUCAAAGUGCUCCUCACACGAAUAGUUUUUGCCGAGGCGAAAACGAAGGGAAGAAAGAGGAAAAAAUUGUAUCCUUGCCCACACGCAGCUGUGUGAAGCAAACGCGAGGUAAACGCGCGUGGGAGCGAGACAAACAAACGAAGCGUGAGAGUGAGAGCGAGAAAAGCAAAGAAAAAGGGCGACGACGAAAUAAACGAUAAAAAUUACCAAAGAAGAAGCGCAAAAGGAAAAAGGAAAAGUGCAUGCAAUAUAGAAAAUCAAAAAUCAUAAGUGAAAUGUGGAUGAUGUUGCAGCGCUGCAACAGCAUCCACCAAGUGAGUGCAUGAGAGUGAAAGAGAUAGAAGGAGAGAGCGUUUAAUUUCUUUCAUUCUGCCAAAAAAAAAGGGCGACUUUUGUUUGUGUUUGUGUUUAAGCUUCCGCCCCCAGUGAACAAACGAGAGAGUGAGAGAGAGUACGAGAGAGGGGAGCCACCAUCCCCGCGCGCGCAUCUUCAGCUGUUAACUACGGCUAACUAAGGCUAAGGUCACUGCUCCCUCCCCCUCCUCGGGCCAUGAUCGCAUCUGCAUACAAGUGAGCUGCCACACACCAAAAAGCUAUCAUCAAGCAGCUUAAGAGCCAACGAACUUUGCCAGUCAUUGGGUGAGGAUUAUACCCACUGCAAUCGAAAUCCUACAGAGUCAGCAGCUGCAGCAGAACAACCAAACAAUGUCUAAGCACGCGGAUAAUGAUAAUCUUCGCAAUGACAUUUACGAGAAUCUGCCUUGUCAGGCCAUGUACAAUGAUUCCGUGCGCAAAAUGCAACAGCAGAAAACGUCACAGGCAUCCUCUGCUGGCGGAGGCGGCGGCGGCGGCGGCAAUCCCAAUGGCAACUCCAUAGGCAAUUGCAUUGCCUCAACACCAGUGAAUGCCUCCUCGAUUGCUCCUGUUGGCAAUAUGCCCAAAGAGAUGUUAUAUGCCACACCAAUGCGUAAGUCGGAUCGCUACAAAAGUGGCGAGAGGAGUCGCCACACAGAUUCCGCCGCCAAGCUGUCCAAUUAUCGUGAUUCGAAUCGUUUGGCCAGCAGCGUCGUCCGUAAUGGCAAUCCAGUACAAAUCACCGAUCUAGACGCUGAUGAAGAUGAGGCAACAGCGGCAGCUGCCGCAUCGGGAGCCAAUGGCGGAAUGAGUGGUGGUGGGGAUGAUGGUGUGGACGGCUGCGCCGCUUCUACUAAUAACACUAGUCCUCCCCACAUGGGAGUUAUCUCCAAGUAUGGCCACAGCAGCAGCAGCAAGCCAGGAACAACGAGCAGCAGUACAGCCAAUCAGCAGCUGGAGGACCGACGUAUUCUCAACUUUCUCAAGGACACAACACAGUUGCAGAAGAAAUUGGAAAUCACUGGGAGAGAUUGCCCGAAUGCUAGUUUCUCGAAUUUGGCACGAGAGGAGCAUUUUGCUAAUCUGGUGCAGCAAAACUUUCCAUUGGAUGUCACUCAGCAAUCGAACGGAAGUGGUCUAAAUGGCAGCAACUCGGCACCCGAGGAAGAUGGACAGGAGGUGGGCAAAUCAUCAGAGGAUACAGCUGGCAAUUUGGAAUCCCUAAUGCAAAGUAAACUUUCACCCGAUAAGGAAGUCAACGGUCUUGUCCAGGAACUAAGCGCCAACACAAACAGCACAAAUACCAACAACAGUCGUUUCGUGAGCUCAGCUGUCUACAUUCACCGGGAAUGGGUGUUAAAGAAGAUUGCCCUUUGCCUGGAGCAACGGACGGCCGGCAAGAAACCCAUACCUGGAGCUUUGGGAGCAGCGGCUGCUGCUGGCGGCAGUUCAAGUUAUGUCUCGGCUCGAGCUAAGGCGGCAGCAGCUGCGGCCAUCUCAAGUUCGAGUUACAACGGCUGCCUGGUUCUAGGUUCCAAUGGAUCGGGCAAAACAUCUAUUUGCCAAGCCAUCAUGAAGGGUAACUCCGGCACCAAGGGCAUACUCAAUCGGAAGCUGCUGGCCUGCUACCUGAUUGAGUCACAGAAUCCAGAGUGUCACAGUUUGUCGCUUUUUAUGCGGAAAAUUGUGCUGCAGUUGUUGAGUCAUGCCUCGUUGAUUGGCAAGGACGAAAGUCAAAGGAUCAUCGAUGAGGGAUUCUCUUUCUUGCGUGACGAAGCGCAGAAUCAGGAGCUAAAAUUGGAUGAGGCCAUGAAUAACAUUAGUCUCAGUGAGAAUGCCGAGGAAUUGCUCAUCGAAGAACUGAAACGGGGAGCCAGUGAACAUGAUACCCAGGAGUUGGAUAACUUUCAAUCCCAACGAACAUCGACAUUAAAUGCCAAGCCGACGGCUGGCAAAUCCAGCUUGACACGCCAACAAUCCGAACCGGCUCCAUUGCAGACCAAGGCGGAGUCAGCGGAGGCGGAACAGGAUGUUAACAUCUAUGGAACUCAUCCACCCAAACGGGGCAAGGAACGUGGUGAGCAGGACAAGGAUAUAGGCACAGAGAAGGAUCAAAAGCAGCUGCAACAAAAGGAGACGGCCAAAUCUAGUCCCAGUAAGACCAAUAAAUCAAAGAUACCUGUGAAACGUGGUCGUUCGGGUAGCGGAGGUGGUGUCUUAUCCCCAGCCAAAUUGUCAGCAACCAUAACCAAUGGCGGCACGAAUGGUGGUGGUCAGGCCAUACAGCAGGGUGGAGGCGAGGAUAUAGCCGAUCUCAGCAGCGAGCAAGAGAAAAGCGAAAUCGAAGCCGCCCUCAAUGAGGACGAAGCAACGAAGGUGAGCAACGAACAGGAAGAUGAAAAGCCGCAGGCCGAUGAAGGAGAGACAACGAAAGUGAAGGAAGAGGAGGAAACGCCUCAAGCGGAGGAAACGAAACUCCUUAUAGACCUGGAUGAGAGCAAUGAAAUUAGCAAACCUGAGGAUGAAAUCCUGAAACAGCAGACGACAACUUCUCCUCCUCCCAUACCAGGAGACAAACCCAAGAUGAUAAGCACUACUAAUACACUUCCUCCACCGUUACCCAAGACCAAAAGUUGUCGCACUAUUAUCGCGGAUGGCUACUACGAAUUGAUGCUCUCCAAUCCAGAGAUACUCGAAUGUCUCAGUGUGGACAACAUUGAAAAGAAUCCGGAUGAGUGCUUCAAGAAGGCUCUGCUCUUCCCCCUGCUCGAGCUUACACCACCCAAGACAGCUCUCUUGUUGCUAAUCGAUUCCAUUGACGAAAACUACAUCAACGAGGGCAAUCUGAUUUCUACUCUUAAAGGAGGCGGAAGAGGUGGAACAGCCACCAAUCACAAGAGUCGCAACGUGGCCGAAUUGCUAUCGAAUCACAUACAUCUCUUUCCCAAAUGGCUAUUUCUGGUCUGUACCACCAAAAAGCAGACGAAGCAGAUAACAAAAAUGUUUACAGGCUUUAAGAAGAUCACACUGGAUGAUCUACGCAAAUCCCAUGUGGUUAAGGACGUGCAGGAGUAUAUCAUAAAUCGGUUAAAUUCCGACUUUAAGGACAGCAUUAUGUUGACCAAGGAGAUAAUCGAAUCACUGCAUCAGCUGUACAUUAAGUCGAAUGGCUGCAUACUUUAUUUGGAAAAGGUUUUGCACGGCAUCAAGGAUAACUUCUUUAGUUUCAGGGAGAUCAAAUUGAUUCCCUGCACCCUGAAUGGUCUUUACUUGUACAUUUGCCAGAAAUCCUUCAAUAAAAAGCAAUACAUGAAGAUCAGGCCACUGCUCAAUGUCCUGCUGGCCUCCUCGGGCUAUGUUGACAAAUUGUUUCUCUUCAAUUGCCUGAGGACUCAUAAUUACACCAUCGAUUGUCAGGAGUUUGAGAAACGUUUGCAAUUGAUGCGCAACAUCCUGGCCUACGAUGCGAAUGCCCAGCGUUUGAAGAUCUUUCACAAUUCCUUUGCCGAUUGGCUUGUCGAUGUGAAGUUUGCCACCAAAAAAUUCAUUUGCGAUGUGAAUGAGGGUCAUGUGAUGAUAUCCAUGUACUAUCUCCUAGUUGCAGACACUCUAUGCGCCAAUACUGUGAGAAGAUUCGCCUAUCAUUUAAUCAAAUUUGGCGAAUAUCUAUUUCUAUCUCGUAAUGUGGAGUUGGAUCUCAUCCUGAUGCUGCUCGAAUCACGUGUCAAUUUAAGCGAUUGCUUCUAUACAAACCACUUGAAUUGCUGUGCCCAGUGCGAACAUGAUUUCAAAUACGAUGUAAACUUUUUGCCCAAGACCCGAGCCAUGCUUGAACGGUUUUUGGCCAAUGAGCUGAACGAAUCGUUUGCCCAGUUCCUUUGCGAUUUCUUUAAGCCCAGUUUACCGACAGAUGCCAAGAUGUUGAAACUGCUCAUUGAGACGGGCAUCAACAAUGCGGCCGAGUCACAUUCCCAGUCACAGAACUCCUGUGAAUCCUCGCUCAUGUCGCCGGAAUUGUCGCCAGAGAAGUCACAGAACAUUGACUUUGAGCUGGCCGAUCUGCUGCUCUCGAGUGAAAGGAGUUGCCUCAUGGAAACGCAGAGAACGGGCAGUCCAUCGGAGCAUAGCGAGCCACCAAUCGAAAGCCAGGAUGAGAAUGCCUCCAGCACGUUGCACCAACUCUCCGACUCGCAUCACAUUGAACUGCACAAGGGCAAGGCAUUAAUUCAUAUUCUCGCCAACGAUGGCAACCAUCAGCUAUUGGAGCGGGCUCUAAAUGCCUGCAAGACUCCCAUUGAUAUGGAGAUCGAGGACUAUAAUGGCCAGACGGCAUUGAAUAUAGCGGCAAGAAACGGUCAUCUAGAUGUCGUGAAGCUAUUGCUGGGCUUCUCCCAGCCUAGCAAUGAUGGAACUGGACGCAUGCGUCGUGUGGAUGUAAAUCAUGCUGAUCGUGAUGGUUGGACACCCCUAAGAUCCGCGUCCUGGGGCGGCCAUAGUGAGGUAGUGCGUCUACUGAUUGCCCAACCGGCUUGUAAAAUAGAUCUGGCCGAUAAGGAGGGACGCACAGCCUUAAGAGCUGCCGCAUGGAGCGGUCACGAGGAUAUUCUUAAGCUGCUAAUUGAAUCUGGAGCCGAUGUCAACUCGGUGGAUCGUCAGGGUCGCACAUCGCUCAUAGCUGCCUCCUAUAUGGGUCACUAUGACAUCGUUGAGAUUCUCCUUGAGAAUGGUGCGAAUGUAAAUCAUUUGGAUUUGGAUGGACGCAGUGCUCUGUGUGUGGCAGCCCUUUGUGGCUCAUCUGGUUACAGCAAGGUCAUCUCCACUCUGCUCGAUCAUGGAGCCAACACAGAUCAGUUGGACAAUGAUGGAAUGUCGCCGCUCUUGGUCAGCUCAUUUGAGGGUAAUGCGGAGGUCUGCGAGCUGCUCCUGGAGAAUGCCGCCGAUCCCGAUUUGGCCGAUUUCAUGGGGCGUACUCCACUGUGGGCGGCCUGUACGGCGGGACAUGCCACCGUUGUAAAGUUGUUACUCUUCUGGGGAUGCGGCAUCGAUUGCAUGGAUUCCGAGGGACGCACCGUUCUCAGCAUAGGCGCUGCCCAGGGCAAUGUGGAGACAGUGCGGCAGCUAUUAGAUCGCGGCUUAGAUGAGACUCAUCGCGACAAUGCAGGAUGGACGCCUUUGCAUUAUGCUGCAUUCGAGGGUUUCCAUGAAGUGUGCCUCCAGCUGCUCGACUCCGGCGCCAAGAUCGAUGAAUGCGACAACGAGGGCAAGACCGCGCUUCAUUUGGCUGCCCAGGAGGGACGUCUGAAUUGUGUCCAGGCACUGCUCGAUAUACACUCCAGUUUCGUGGAUCAAAAGGCACACGAUGGCAAGACUGCAUUCCGGCUAGCCUGCCUUGAGGGUCACAUGGACACGGUGGAGUAUUUGUUGAAGUUCUGCUGCGAUGUAAAUUCGAAGGAUGCGGAUUCGCGGACCACGCUCUACAUUCUGGCAUUGGAGAACAAACUGGAUAUAGUCAAGUACCUGUUGGAUAUGACCAAUGUGGAUGUUAAUAUACCGGAUAGCGAGGGACGUACAGCAUUGCAUGUGGCCGCUUGGCAGGGUCAUGCGGAUAUGGUCAAGACACUGAUUGAAGCCCGUGCCGAUGUCAAUUCGAUGGAUCUGGAGGCCCGCUCGCCCCUACACUCAUGUGCCUGGCAGGGCAAUCACGAUGUGAUGAAUAUUCUGCUCUAUUACGGAGCCCAGGCUGAUCAUGCCUGCAAACAGGGAGCCACUGCGCUGGGCAUCUCGGCGCAGGAGGGUCACGAGAAAUGUGUCAUCGCUCUGUUGCAGUACGGGGCCAAUCCUUACAAGUCUGACCACUGUGGGCGAACACCCAUUAAACUGGCUGCCAAGUCCAGCCGAACCAGCAUCCUCAAGAUCUUUGAGACUUACACCAAAAAUGAAGCUAGCAAUCCCAACGAACCCAAAUUCCAUGGUCAUGCUGCAAGCAUGCUACGAUCUCCGGACCAGCCGCCAGCCUUGCCCCUGCAUCAGAAUCUGGCUCCAUAUCCGGCCCAUGCGUCGGCCUCGUCCGUUUGCUCGGCGGCCACCACGGCCACGGUGCACAAUGGCAGCAAUCUUCAAGUGCUGAAUGCCUCCAGCUCCACUCAUAGCUCAAAUAAUUUCUAUCAGAACACCAUGCAAUCGGAUACGAGCAGUUUGCAUAAGCGCAAAAGCGUCAUCUCUAGUCAAUCCACAGGCAGCAGCAACGAUCAAGCGCCGCUUACCUUUACCCAGCAAUUGCAGCGACAAAGUAAACUUAGCUCACGUAACAAUCUGAUGAUUAACUCCAAGCAUGCUUCUAGUUCGGCAUCAGGAUCUCAGAGGGCGAAUGGAAAUAAUGCUGCUGGCGGAGGCCACCGGCAUUCUCAGGUGCUGCCUGAUCUCAAUGAACAUCAAUUGGCUACCAAUAUGACCAAUGAGGCGGAUUUGUAUGAUAUGGAAUGCAUGUCACCGCUUUAUGCCACGCCUCCACACUCGCCAAGCAGCGAACUGAGUUCACCAGGUCAGCUACCGGCUCUGAACGCCUUUGUCGAUGAUGACAACAGGGCAGGCACUUCCAGUGGCGGCGGAUCAAAACCAAAAUUGCCGGACAAUCAUUUUGCCCGGGACACUCAUAUGCGUAUUAUAUUGGGAAAUCUGAAGGAGAAUCAGCCCAGUUCAUCAAGCAAAAGCAAACGCAGUGGAGUAUCCAGCAAUCCGGCUAUGAGGCUGAUACGUAGCCGCUUCGAUUCGGCAGCUCAACUAAUUAGGCGAACCAACAAUAUGCUCUCAUCUAGUAGCAAUCAGGGCUCUUCCAGCAUUGGCGUCAAAUCGGGAACCUUUCAGUGGCGCAAGGAGAGCCAAAUGUAAACCACAUCCCACAUCUCCCUACAUUACCCAAUCAUCCAUCCUAUGUGACAGUUUUCAUUUAAAUUUUAUAUAGUUUAUAAAAAAAAAAUGGAAAAGUAUUUGUUUUUUGUGAUAGUUUCAAUUUUUAGUCCACAACACACUCUCUUUUUAUGUUCUUUUUAAUUCGACUAUACGGAGAAUAUAUAGUAUAUAUAUAUAGUAGGAAACGUAGUUUUUAAGGCACAAACUAAACGAAAUUCAUUAUAUACGAGAAGAUAACUACACUAACUCAUUACAUUAGUGGCAUGCAAUCCAACUAAAAAAUGUAGCAGGAAUAUUUCAUAUACCAUAUGUAUACUUAAUGGGCAAAUGUCGGCAGCGAGAAUAUUUAUUAUGUUCAUAUAUUAAUAUAUUUAAUUGAUUAGUAGCAAUUAAGCAAAAAGUAAAACAAAAAAGCAAUGAAACAGGAAUCAAACUUCCCCAAAACACUAUCGAAAAGUAUUUAUAAUUAAUGUAAUUUAUUUUGCCCGCAAAUCAAACAAGUUUAUGUCAAUUUGUGUCAAUGUAAACCCUUAAUUUAAAAUAUACUCAAUGUGCGAUCCGUUCCUGUUGUAGAACCACUCAAUAAUUUUAUUAAA